GUUAACUAUUAACCAGAUCCAACAGAGGUAAGAGUGGAAAAGCCUAUAAAUACGGAUUCCCAUGCACAUGGCCUCUCACAAAUUCUCUAGCUCUCAGAACCCACUGAGAUUACAGAGGAACGCCCCAUCUUGUCACCAUGAACCAAAGAGCUACCCUUUGCACGGCUCUCCUCCUCUGCUGGCUCUUCAUUAUUCUGCCCAGGGUUCAAGGAUCUCCACUUAAGAGAAAUAUACGUUGUCGAUGCAUUAAGUCUCAUGAUGUUAUCCCCAAUGUGAAAUCUUUACAAAAACUUGAAGUAAUUCCUGAAAGUUCUUCAUGUCCACACACUGAGAUCAUUGCUACAGUGAAGAGAACUCAGGAGCAAAGAUGUCUGAACCCUAACUCCAAGCAAAUACAGGAUUUACUUAAAUUAAUUAACAAGAAAAGGUCCAAAGAAACUUCUAAUGGAAAGUAGAGAUCACCUAACAGCUCAUGAGAAGAUGGACCAGGAUGUGACCAAAUAUGUCUCUUCUCCUCCAUGACUAUGAAGAAACAAGAGCUGCUGUAUAAAUGAAUAUUUAGCAUUUACACAGUGUUUUAAAGUUUACAAAGUGCUUUAUAUGCUAUUUCAUUUGAUCCUCACAAUAACUCUGUGAGGUAGGUGCUA